UCUUCUCGCCUCUUCUCUCCCUUCGCUCUCUCCCUCCAGUCACAACAACCUCUGCCUUCUCGUCUUUCGGGUGUCGUUCUUAGAGGCCGAUCGCGUUUGGUUUGACCUCUCUGGAACCAUAGGUUCGGCUGGUUGAAGUGGUAGACAAGUGAUUCUUCUAAACGUACAAAUAAUGUUUGACUGACUCGAGUAAAUGCUGUAUUGUUCUUGCAAUGAGGAGUUGUCAGGUGGCAUCUGCUUGAUGGACUGCAUGCACAAUUCAAGUGACAAGAAAACAUUGAAGAGGUGGUUUUUCAUCGACAAAAGGGUCGGAUAAUUGUAUAGAGGGCAGCAGAGGCUGAUUAAUCACUUGGGUGCUGGUUGUCAGAUAUCAUACUACUUCUGAAGAUAAUUUUAUUGACCUGGAAUCUAUGGAUUUGAAGUCAAACCAUAGUUCCCCUGUUCUUGCUGAUCCUGUACCGUUGAGCAAGUCAAGACUGGGCUUGCCCUCUAAUAUGACUCCAUUUUCCCCAGCAGCAGCACCAUACUCGUCUUCUGGUUUGUUUCUACAGAUUCCCAGAAGAAAAGUUGGUAAACUUGAUGAUGUCCGUGCCAAUAGUUGGCUGGAUGCCAUGAAAGCCUCAUCACCUCCUCGCAAAAAGCUAAACAAAGAUUUCAUAUCUGAGUCUCAAUCGGAUGAAACCGAUGCUGCAUACCGCACCUGGAUGAUGAACCAUCCAUCCGCUUUAACAGCGUUUCACCAAAUCACCGCUUAUGCUAAAUACAAGAAGAUCGCCUUGUUUUUGGACUACGACGGAACGCUUUCACCUAUCGUGGACAACCCCGACCAUGCAUUUAUGUCUAGUGCUAUGCGAGCUGCCGUAAAAGAUGUUGCUAAGUACUUUCCAACUGCAAUUAUUAGUGGAAGGUCUCGUGGCAAGGUGAACGAAUUUGUGAGGCUAUCAGAACUGUAUUAUGCUGGCAGUCAUGGGAUGGAUAUAAUGGGCCCAAUCAGAGAAUCCCAGUCUGUUGAUGACCAUCCAGACUGUAUCAGGACAACUGACGAGCAGGGCAAAGAGGUACAUCUUUUCCAGCCUGCUAGCGAGUUUCUUCCGAUGAUCGAUGAGGUGUUUGACUCCCUCAUCGAUAUCACUAAAGACAUCGUAGGUGCCAAAGUUGAGAACAACAAGUUUUGUGUCUCUGUACAUUACCGCAAUGUUGAUGAGAAGAUGUGGGAAGAAGUCGGAAAGCGUGUGUUUGGUUUCAUAAACGACUUUCCACGUUUGCGAGUUGACCAUGGGCGGAAGGUUCUAGAGGUCCGUCCCAUAAUUGACUGGAACAAGGGCAAAGCUGUUGAGUUUCUGCUUGAAUCACUUGGGCUUAGCCAUCGUGAUGAUGUGCUCCCAAUUUAUGUGGGAGAUGACCGUACUGAUGAGGAUGCAUUCAUGGUCUUGAGAGAGAGUAACUGUGGAUUUGGUAUCCUGGUAUCGACCGUGCCAAAAGAAACCAAGGCUUUCUACUCUCUGAGUGACCCAUCCGAGGUACUAGAAUUUCUCAAAUCCCUUGUGAGAUGGAAGAAGUCCGUUGCAUUACAAACCGAAGAUUACAUGACUGCAAUAUAAAUAUUAUAUAUGCAUUGUCAAGGAGUAAACAAGUAGCCGACAGUGGUCCGUACGAUCGCAUAAGCAAUAGCCGAUCGAUUUUUUUUUUAUCGUUGCAUUUAUUUAUUUAUUUUUCUGAGUUCAAGUGUCAUGUUAUUUCAUUUUGCAGUCUGCCUGUUCUUCCAAAAAUGGGUCUGGUUAUCCGACCUUCAAUGCAAUUGCCAUUUUAUUCAUCGCAAUCUUGUUUUGCCUUCUCAUUUGUUUGUCAAUUCAUUGUAAUGGUACGUUAUCAUCAUUGUAAUCAGCUUUGAAUCAGGUCCAUCUGAAAUACAUUGCAAAUUAUAUUUA